AAGAAUUCUUGAGACAAAUUUCCAACCUUCAAUUCCAUCGCAGUUAUGGACGGGUUACACAGAAUUCCGUCCCACACUCCCGAGAUUCAGCCACUAGCUUGGGGUGGUGAGCUAUUUCAACGUUAAUUAUCCCACAGCUAUAUCCAAGCAACUCAACCGCCCUCCAAGCACCUCACCGAAAUGCAAAGCUUCAAGACCAACGACAAUAUCACCUUGAAGUACAUAGACACGGGGAUAUCCGACAACCUUUCGGAUCUGAAUAAGCCUUGGCUAGUCUUAGUACGUUCUCAUGUCUCUUCAGCUACUUUGAUAUGUUAUGCAUAUCGCAGAGAACUGUACCGGCGUUGUACUUCCUUCAACGGCCGUCUCAUGUUCAACCGAGUGGUUUUUAGAGGGCACGUUGUACCACAGAUCUGCGUCUGCCCGCGAUACAUCAAGGCUACCUUCAAGCUCCCCAACUCAUGGAACACGAAGUCUCAUUUGAGAUGACUUCCCGCUUGAUCGUGUCACUACAUAUCCGUUUCUUGUUAUAUGCCUCAAACUCGGAGGAUCAUCCUCACCUUUGUAUCCCCUUGAGUUUGUGUACAUUUUGAUCUCACAAUUUCCAUUUCAACACAAGACAAUUCUGGUGGAAUAAUUGAGAUUUUAUGCUCACAUAAAGAUGAAAAACUAUAGAUUCAUGGUUUCACAGGCUCCUCAGCCAUCUGGCAACGCAAUAUUCCCGCUCUGGCCAAGGAUCACCGGGUCAUUGCACCAGACCUACGUGGUCACGGCGAGAGCGAAAAAUGUAAACACGGAUAUCACGUUAUGAGACUAGCCAUGGACCUAAGAGAACUCAUGCUCUCACUACAACCAAGUACUGAUCCAGAAAGCAAUACAAGCUGGAAGGCAAUCGGAGGAAGUCUUGGGUGUUCAAUCUUAUGGUUCACCACCCCUUCCACAAAUCCUUGAGAAUGCACUGACACAGGACUAGGGCAUAUGCCUCACUAUUUACAACGUCACCUUUCACACAUAUGAUAUUUGUGGACCAGGCACCGCUUCAAAAUAGUGACCCUGCAACAGGGUGGGAUCACCGGUACUGCAACAGGGGUAUGAACAACCCACUUGCUCUAGCCGGACUUCAAACCACGCUCGCCAUUGCCCCAGAAAUCGCGCACAAGGGAACUAUUUCCGCUUGUCUCGCCUAUCGAGCCUUUCCGCUUGCUACAGACAAUAUCACAGAGGAGACGAGGGCCGCAGAUGAGACAUUCUUUCUAGAGGAAGCAAUGAAAGGUGAUGCAGAUUGGUAUGGAAAACUGAUGGCUGAUCAUACUGCUCUUGACUGGAGAGACUCGAUUCGUCGAUGUUUUGGAAAGGAUAGCAGAAGUACUACCAAAGUAUUGGUGCUGGCUAGUACGAGGAGCGGAUGUUUUCCUGCUGAAGGGCCGUUAAAAUUCGUGGAAUUGGUUAAUGAUAAGACCAAGGCCAUUGGACGUGUCGUGGAAUGGGGAGGUCACUGGAUGUACUGGGAAGAUCCAGAAAAGUUUAAUAUUCUCUGUUCAAUUUUCUUGAAAUGA